AUGUUUUUAACUCAACAAGCACUCUUUGAUGCAACUUUCUUUGUCUGUCUCUCUCUGUCGCAUAUGUGCCCCUUCUCUAUCUCUCUUUUUUGUCUCCCUUCUCUUUUUUUCUCUCUCUCUCUCUCUCUCUUAUGUCUCUCAUCUCUCCCACUCUUUUAUGUGUCCAUUCUAUAUCUCUAUCUCUCUCAUGUGUCCCUUCUCUCUCUUUCUAAUGUGUAUCUGUCACUCUUUUAUGUGUUCAUUUCUUUUUCUCCCUCUCCCUUAUGUGUCCCUUUUUCUAUCCGUCUCGAAUGUGUCCAUUCUCUAUUUAUCUCUCUUAUGAGGUCCCUUCUUUCUCUCUCUUCUGUGUCCCUUCUCUAUCUAUCUCUUUAUGCGUCCCUUCUUUCUCUCUCUCAUGUGUCCCUUCUCUCUUUUCUAAUGUGCCCUUCAACAUCUCUCUCAUGUAUUCCUUAUCUAUCUGUCACUCUUUUUAUGUGUUCAUUCUCUUUCUCUCCCCCCUUAUGUGUCCCUUUCUAUCCGUCUCACACGAAUGUGUCCAUUCUCUAUUUAUCUCUUAUGAGGUCCCUUUUUCUCUCUCUUCUGUGUCACUUCUCUAUCUAUCUCUUUAUGCGUCCCUUCUUUUCUCUCUCUCUCAUGUGUCCCUUCUCUCUCUUUCUAAUGUGCCCUUCAACAUCUCUCUCAUGUAUUCCUUAUCUAUCUGUCACUCUUUUAUGUGUUCAUUCUCUUUCUCUCCCUCCCCUUAUGUGUCCCUUUUCUAUCUGUCUUGAAUGUGUCCAUUCUCUAUUUAUCUCUUAUGAGGUCCCUUCUUUCUCUCUCUUCUGUGUCCCUUCUCUAUCUAUCUCUUUAUGCGUCCCUUCUUUCUCUCUCUCAUGUGUCCCUUCUCUCUCUUUCUAA